AUGUCGAAAGAAGAACAACAACAACAACAACAACAACAACUGAACGAGCAAGUUAUUGAAGAGGAUGGUGGUGCUCAGUUCCAAUCGUAUUUAAACAACGACGGUAUUGAUGACUUGACCCCACAAUCAAGAAAGCAUAGGGUUUCUUCACUUUCAUUAUCGGAUUUAAACAACUGGCAAAACGGGUUGACAAAAUUGUCAUCGUCAUCGUCAUUAAACAAGAAUGCAAGCAAUAGUAACUUGAAGAAAUCAUCUUCUGCCAAUUUGAAAAAAGUUGAUUCGUUGGCCAAAUUGUCCAGAAACGCAUCCAUCAUCAAGAGAAAUAAGAAGGAUGUGGUUGAUCACGAAAGAGUUGCGUCGUAUGCAUUUUGUUUCGAUAUUGAUGGGGUUAUAUUAAGAGGGCCCAACACUAUUCCUCAAGCUGUUGAAGCCAUGAAGUUGUUGAAUGGUGAAAACAAGUACAAUAUCAAAGUCCCCUCAAUCUUUGUCACCAAUGGAGGUGGUAAACCCGAAAAGCAAAGAGCUGACGAUUUGAGCAAAAGAUUGAACUGCACUAUUACCCCAGACCAAAUUAUCCAAGGACACACACCAAUGAAGGAUCUAGUUGGUGUUUAUGAAAAUGUUCUUGUUGUAGGUGGUGUUGGUAACGUUUGUCGUAAUGUUGCCGAAUCAUAUGGAUUCAAAAAUGUGUACACCCCAUUGGACAUCUUGAAAUGGAACCCAGCUGUGUCUCCUUACCAUGAUUUGACCGAGGAGGAGAAGAUUUGUACCAGAGAUGUCGACUUCAGCAAGACUCCAAUCGAUGCCAUCUUGGUGUUUGCCGAUUCGAGAAACUGGGCCGCUGAUCAACAAAUCAUCUUGGAGUUGUUGUUAUCGAAAAAGGGAGUUAUGGGUACGCAGUCUACUACAUUUGACGAAGGUCCACAGAUUUAUUUCGCUCAUUCUGAUUUCAUCUGGGCUACAAAUUAUAAAUUGUCGAGAUAUGGUAUGGGUGCGUUACAAGUUUCCAUUGCUGCUUUGUACCGUGAACACACUGGCAAAGAAUUGAAGGUGAAUAGAUUUGGUAAGCCACAAGUUGGAACUUUUAAGUUUGCCAAUAAAGUAUUGAGUCAUUGGAGACAAGGUGUAUUGGAUGAGCAUUUGAAAAAAUUGAGUAUAAAUGAUCCCAAUGCCAAAGAUGCCGAUAUUUUGAUCAAUGAAGAUGGUGAAGAAAUCAUCAAUCAAGAGAAGUUGGAAAGUUACAACUUUUCUGACUCCGAAGAUGAAGAUGAAGAUGAAGAUGCAUUGGAUGCAGAAGAGAAGGAAAGAGAAGUCAAUAUCGGCGUUUCGAAAAAACAAGCACACAAAGACUACAACGCAGCCAAGAAGAAUCUUGCCAAGUUGGCCGAAGUUGGCAAACCCGACCAAAUCACAUUGCAAUUGCCACCAGCAUCCACGGUUUACUUUGUUGGAGAUACUCCUGAGUCCGAUAUCAGAUUUGCCAAUUCUCACGACGUCUCGUGGUUUUCCAUCUUGGUCAAGACUGGUGUUUAUCAAGAAGGUACCGAACCUAAAUACAAACCAAAACAUUUAUGUAAUGAUGUGUUGGAAGCAGUUCAAUUUGCAAUUGAAAGAGAACACGAAAAGGAGUUGGCUGAAUGGAAUGAAACUGCCGACGAUGUUGAUGAUUCUACUUCUUCUUCUGCUGCCGCUGCUUCUGCUAAUGACAAGGGAUCAAGGUUGAAUUUUGCUGAUUUGGUCAUGACUCCUAGUGAAAAGAAACAAAAGGAGGAAACUAAGAAAGAGACUGAUGUUAAAGGGUUGAAGAGAGCUGAUGAUGCUCCUGAGGCUGUUGAAGUGCCUGUUGGAUUGGCUGAACAGUUGGAGAAGUUGAAGGAUGUUGGUAAGUAG